AUGAUGGAAUGCUGUGACAAUGACGAGGUGUCACUUAGAUUGUACCAGACAUUGACAGGAGCCGGCUUUGCUAACCGCCCAGCCAGUCCUCUAGAUGAGAUGGAGAUAGAGUAUGAACCUCUAUUGAACACACUCGAAGAACUCACCCUUGCCUCCCCAGAGGAAAUGCAAGCAUGUGAAGACACAAUCAUGGCAGACAUGGAGGAAUGGGUCCCAAUCGACGACGAAGCACAGGUAGGCAACGAAGACAAGGAUCUCAAAGACACUGAUGACAUCCCAGCGGAGCAAUACGAGCAGCUCCGAGCCAAAUACCUAGAUGCCGACUGCCAAACCACCGAGGACGUCCUCUGCGCAUGCAUCGAAUGCAUCAAGCUAUAUGAAUGGGACGAUCCAGCCGGCCCUAGCGAAUCCUUCGCCCCAAUCCUCUACAAACCCACCUUCAACACCUUCCAACCCAUCCCAGAAUCCGACCUCCCAACAUGGGCAGAAAUCCCAGACGAAACCCCUCCUCUAUCCCUCUCUCCCUCCCCGCCUUCCCCCCUCCCUCCAAACCCCGCUCCAGCACAAAGACCCCAAAUCAACCCCUUCCCCCCUUCAAUCUACAAAACCUCCCUCCUCCACUCCCCCUCUCUGUCCCCCACCUCCUCAACCCCCCUCCUACCCUUCUACACGCACCAAUACAUCCUCUCCCUCCGUCUCCUCCACCUCCGACGCCGCUGGUCCCACCUCCCUCUCUCCGACUUCACCGCCGAACUCGGCACACUCUCCCUCUCCCUCUCCCUCUCCAACGCCUCCAACAACCUCUCUCCCUGGCCGCCCCUCGCAGCCUGGCUCGCGCUUUACUACAAGACGAUGCACGGCGUACCGCGGAAUCGCCGGUUUAAAGUUAAAUCGGGGUUGUUGAAAGAGUUGCAGGGGGUUGCGAUGUUGAGGGCGAGGGAGAAUAAGGCGGCGGUUAUGGAGGUGGUGGAGGCGAGGGGGGAGAGGUUGGUGGGGAGCGUUUGGGGAGAGGUGAGGAGGGGGGUGCAGGAGGAGUGUGAGGGGAGGGGGAGUUUGGAGUUGGGGGGUUUGCCAGAGUUUACGGAUGAGGUUGUUGGGAGGAUGUCUGGGGGUUGGUCGUGGGUUGAUUAA